GAUCUAGGUAUUCAGAGAAAACAAAGGGAAAUAUCUGGACCACUAUUUUUGUUAUCGCUCUGGAUACAAGCUCACUUGCAACCAUUUAUGGCUAAUGAGGGCAGUCUUCCCGUGUGACUGAGCAUUGCAAUGCUUUCCAUGCCAGAUAUCUUCUCCAUCCAAGAAACUGUUACCCGAUGCUCCAGAUGGAGGAAUAGAAAGCAACUGAAAGCCUGAGACUUGCAAUUUCAGUCAGAGAGCAACCACAUGGCAGACAGCGGGCAGUUCGUGGUCACCAUUGGUCUGACGAACAUCAACACCACGAGGCAAGAUCCCAUCAAUGUCGCAUCCAGCAGAAAUUUGUUACCCUCUAGCCAUGUAUCCAGCUCCAGCAAUGUCGCAUCCAGCGGAAAUUUAUUACCCCCUGGCCAUGAAUCCAGCUCCAGGAUCAAUGAUGCUUUUGAGCUCUUGUGGGGACAUCGUAAAUAUUUGGUACUGCUUGGAGUCCUAGCAGUUGGUGUGACAUACAAUGCUGGAUUAACACCACCAGGGGGAUCGUGGACACUAAACAAGGAUGGCCAUGAUGCUGGUGACCCUGUCAUGCAUGAUGGCUUUUCUGAACGGUAUGAGGUGUUCUUUUACUGCAAUGCAGCAGCCUUUGCUGCAUCUCUUGUCUUAAUCAUCUUGCUUCUCAGCAAGAGUGUGACAAAUCAGAGGAUGUGGCUCCAUUCAAUGCAAUUGACCAUGACACUGGACCUGUUCAGCCUGCUGGGGGCUUAUGCUGCUGGAAGUUGCAGGACACUCAAGUCAUCCAUUUACAUCUUGGUUCUAGUCCUUGCUGUUAUCAUAUAUGUUGGGAUCCAUACUCUAGUAUCCACAAGGUUUAUUCCAAGAGAAAUUAAACAGAAUCUGCAGACAAUGAUAAAUAGUGUUCUAAACCAACGGCGUUCCCUUGGCAGGCAAGAGAGUAUCCCUCUAGAGAAAGCCGUUCAGGAGGUUCGCAAGUUCAUUUUGACGCUUGUAAUUUUUGCUGCUACUAUCACAUACCAAGCAGGAUUGAAUCCACCGGGCGGCUUUUGGGCUGAAAAUGACCAUGGUUCUAAUAAGGUGCAUAUGGCCUUUCCUCCUUACAAGCAUCAUCCGGGUACUUCUGUUCUCCGGAGUAACUACCUUGGUCAUUAUAAUAUAUUCAUCAUUUCCAAUUCAACUUCCUUUGUGGCAUCUUUGGUCAUAAUCAUACUGCUUCUGAGCCCAAAACUGAGUGGACAUGGAAUAAGGACCAAAGCAGUGAUUGUAUGUGUGGUAGUGGACCUACUGGGCCUAAUUGUUGCGUAUGCUGCAGGAUGUUGUAGAGAGGUAGCAACAUCAUUCUUUGUGGUGUCUAUUUUCUUCAUAGUUUGGAUUUCCUUCGCAGUUUUAGCUGGAUUAUUUGUUCAGGGACCUGUAGCAAAUUGGCUACAAGAGGUCAAAUCAAGCAGCCUGUGUUGUGUGAAAAAAAUGGGCCGUGCACUUUCAUUGAGCUUUCGUGGCCACAGAUCGAUCAAUGCAGAGCAGGGGAAUUCUGUGGCAAGGAAUCAUCAAUCCCCAGCCCGUUCAACUGAUGCACCUGCAGAAGAUAAUACCCCUGAGCAACAAGAGCAGCCUGCAGACAAUCAGCAACAAUCAAAUAUCAGACAGGGUGAAUUCCAUGAGUUGCAUGUACCUGCAGAAAAAAGUCAAAUUUCAGAUGUUCAAGAGGCUGUGUCUAACACACAGCAUCCGUCAGGGAACAGCCAGCAAUCAGCAAAUAUUCAGGAUGUUGUGUCCAACCCGGAGUGCCAGUCUCCAGAUGUCCAGCGUGUUGCAAACAUGGAGGAGGAUGUGUCCAGCUCACAGCAUCCUGCAGGGAACUGUCAACGACCAGAACAUGCCAAGGAUGUUGUGUCUAACAUGGAGUACCCAUUACUAAGCCACCAGCAAACUGAAAAUAGCAUGUGCGGUAUGUCAGCUAACCAGAAAGUUGCAAGUAUGGGGAAGCAAUCUUCAUCUGAUGAUCCCGACAUGACUGCUCUUCCAGUUGAGCAAAAUAUGCCUGUCAGGCAGAGUGAUGGAGACACUAGUAGUGACAUAGUGGAUGAAGGGCUCUCUGCACCUGUGGAAGCCAAUGGCAAUGUGGACUCUGCUGAACAAAACAAUCUGGUUGAAGAUAAUAACCCAGAGAUUUGUGGCAGUCAUGACCAUCCUACACAUUCUGAGAAUGCCCAUAUUGACAGCAAUCAAGGAGUACCCAAUCAAAAUGCUGACGACAUGCAAACUGAGAAGCACCUGAAGAAGACCCGCACUUGUAUGUUGCUUCUUGCCAUUCUUGCAGUAUCUCUGGCAUACCAAUCAGGCCUGAAUCCACCAGGUGGCUUUUGGUCAAGAAGUAAAGAUCAUCAUUCAGCUGCUGAUCGCAUCCUUGAGGACACCCACCAUCGCCGGUUCAUUGCAUUCUUCUAUCUCAACGCAAUCGCCUUUGUGGCAUCCAUUGUCAUGAUUACUUUGCUCUUGAACAAGAUGGCAAGCGACAAGGUUACCAAACGGCGUGCAUUGCCAAUAACGAUGAUAGUGGUCCUACUUUCCCUAACUGGAGCUUUUGCUCUGGGGAACUGCAGGGAGGCAAAGAAGACUAUUUUCAUAUCAGUGCUCGUAUGCACUGUGCUUGCUUAUGUUCUCAUUCAUGUCUUGAUAGCAGUACAUAUAAUUCCUCCAGAAUGGAGAAGUCAGGUAGCAGAGAUGCUAGAGCAGUCAGUUAGUCUUUUUUGCUCGGUGCCACGUCAAUCAGGCGACAACCAGACUGGGAGUGGUACUAGUGAGAAGGAGUUGGGAAGGCGGCGUAAUCUGCUAUUGACCAUUGCUAUUUUAGCUGUGACUGUCACAUACCAAGCUGGCAUGAACCCUCCAGGAGGUGUCUGGUCUGAUGACAAGGAUGCCACGGGAACUCCAGGCAAUCCAAUCCUUCAGGAUACCCAUCCAAAACGCUAUGAUGUGUUCUACUACUCAAAUUCAGUUUCAUUUGUGUCGUCUGUGGUCGUCACAAUAUUACUUGUGAAUAAGGAAUCCUGUGAGUAUGGAAUCAAGUCCUAUGCACUGCGAGUGUGUUUGGUGGCGGGCUUGCUUGGCCUCCUCAUUGCCUAUGUUGCUGGAAGUUGCAGAAAUAUUAAACAGUCCAUAUAUCUGAGCAUCAUUGCUAUGGCAGUUCUAGUGUCACUUCUGAUUCAAGUUCUGCUCUCUUCAAUGCAUGGCACACUAGGAAGACCAUUGGCUAAGUGUCUAGUGUUUCUACACGAUCUUCUCUUUCAUGCGGAGGGUGAACGAGUAAUAACUCACAUGAGGCCAGUAGCUUCAGUUGUCGAAGAAAAAAAAGUGAGAAAGAGACACAAGUAUCUGAUGCUUCUUGCAAUUUUAGCAGCAUCGAUCGCAUACCAAGCUGGUCUGAACCCACCUGGUGGAUUCUGGUCUGAUGAUGAGGGCCAUGUACCAGGCAAUCCCGUCCUUCGUGAUAUUAAUCACCGACGGUACAAGAUCUUCUUCUGGUUCAAUUCUUUCGCUUUCAUGGCAUCCAUUGUCGUGAUCAUGCUUCUGCUGAGUAAAUCUAUCAGGAAGGCUGUGCCACUUGGGGUAUUGCACUUGAUCAUGAUACUGGAUAUGUUGGCUCUCAUGACAGCUUUUGCUGUGGGAAGCUGCCGCAAAUUGAGGACUUCAGUGUAUGUCUAUGCACUAGUUGGCGGCGUUGUAGUAAUCCUGCUGCUCCUAAUUAUUGUGACAAGUGCAAUUGCAAAAUAUCGGAAGCCAAGAGAGGGAAAUGGGAUUAACUCCCCGAGACAUCCUGAACCUGUUUCAGGAGCAAACACACCAGCACGACCUGAAGUUUGAUGCUCCCUUUUUACAAGAACCCUAUUCAUCUAGGAAUCUAUAUCUCUAUAUUAUCUGCAAACAAUUUGUGUGUCUCCUGUCAGCAUUUUUCUUCAUGUUUUGACCUGAACACUGGUGUUGCUGCCUGUUGUAGUUCUUGGCAAUUAUUUUAGCAUACUUGAAAUUUGAGCUUGAGCCUUAAAACUGCAUAUUGGGUACAUCAUCAUGUAAUGGAGCUACAAGCAGGCAAUGAUGAUUAUCUUCAUUAUCGUCAUGUAACGAGCAAGAAUUUAGAGCUGUAUUUCGCUAUGAAAGAUAGUACCACAUUAGCCUCAGGUGGCCUUCCAUAUUUCUGGCUUCAGUAUUCUUGCACCUUAUGUUCUUCUAACAUCAGCUUGAGCUGUUAUGUUCAUCCAUUUGUGGGAUGAUCCCAUAUUCUCAUCUAAAACAAGUUUGACUACCAGGCUUAUUUUGUAGAGUCAGCCAAUGUUUUUCACUUCUCUGAUAUUAUUAGUGUAUAAAGGGAGUAGAGUAGUAGUGUAGUACA